GCGAUCGAGGCUAUAACUUCCCGCGGCAGCAAGAGCAGAGCAGCGGGAGAGGGCAAGUUGCGCAGCGCAGAGCCGAGUCUUGCUUUUUUCCUGAAGGCAGCAAAAGGGCGACGAAGAAGCCGAGCAGACCGCACACUGCACGAAAGUCCUGCCAAAUCCAGCGCGCUUUCGCCGAGAAGUCGAAGGGAGCGCGAGGACGCGGGAGAGGCUGCAGCAAAACUCGCCACGCUUCUUGAGAGAGCCUCUUCCUCUUCCACCACCACUCCCCUUUCCGCUUCUCGGCGUGAGUGGAGAGAGCGCCAAAACGGGGCAGUAGCAUCCGCAGCAUGUCGGGGUGGGUGCUGAGCCUUUUUGCGCUGCUCUGCAGCUGGAGCCUGAGCGACUUGCUGGUGGAAGCGUGUACCUGCGUCCCCGUUCACCCUCAGGAUGCGUUUUGCAACUCUGACAUUGUUAUCCGAGCCAAGGUAGUGGGGAAGAAGCUAAUGAAAGAUGGACCUUUUGGAACAAUGCGAUAUACCGUCAAACAGAUGAAGAUGUACAGGGGAUUUGACAAGAUGCCACAUGUUCAGUAUAUCUACACAGAAGCCUCUGAAAGUCUUUGUGGGGUCAAGCUUGAGGUCAACAAGUACCAGUAUAUGAUUACAGGUCGAGUUUAUGAUGGAAAGGUUUAUACUGGAUUGUGUAACUUGAAUGAGAAAUGGGAUAGACUGACUCUUUCCCAGCGCAAAGGACUGAACCAUCGUUACCACCUAGGCUGUGGCUGCAAGAUUAAACCCUGCUACUACCUGCCCUGCUUUGUGACCUCCAAGAACGAGUGCCUCUGGACAGACAUGCUCUCCAACUUUGGCCAGCCUGGGUACCAGUCAAAGCACUAUGCCUGCAUUAAACAGAAGGAGGGCUACUGUAGCUGGUACAGAGGAUGGGCACCACCUGACAAAACCAUCAUCAAUGCCACAGACCCCUGAACACCCAACCCUCUUUCUUUCUUGUUCUUUCUCUCCUUUGUGGCUGAGCAUUCUUUGGACACUAACUCAUAUCCGAUCAUGAUGGCAACCAUGAUAUUAGUGCCUGUUUCAUGCAAAUUUUAGCACUUCGAACAUUUGUGUGUGUUUUUUAAAUCUAUGCUGUCUUAACUGAUUUUUUUGUUUCAAAUCACUUGUUUUUUAAAAAUUUCUCUCACCCAUUUUGGUCAAAAGGAUAUUUAUCUGGGAACUUCUAUUUGCACACCAGAUAAAUAAGAGAGCAUUUGCUCUAUAUAUCACUAUAUAUAGCAAUAUAAUCUAUAUUUUUGUAGGAAAAUAAAAAUCUCAAAAAUUUCCCAGUUGAGCAUUGUAUUGCAAUUCUAGCCUGUCCUCUUCACCCCCUCCCCUUUGCUGCUGCUUCUCUCAUAUAUUCACUGCUCAGCCUACAUAGACAAAACUUUAAAAAAAAUGCAACCAGUUAAGAUUAACAAUAUGAGCAAAUUUAAGCCGUGCACCGGAUGGAUGAAGAGAAAGUUACAGAGUUUGUAAGAGAUGGAGCACUGGAGUAAUCCAGCUGUCAUGUGAAUUAAAAGGUCCACGUCAAAAUGCCAGUCAGGUUCCAACUGCGAAAGUACAAGCUCCAUGGCAAUUCUGAGUUUGCACAAAGGAUAAAUAACAGCUUUUAAAAAUCAACACCAAUUAAUGCAGCUAAUCUCUUUUCUAAGUGCAAAUGCAGAGCAAACCUGUAUAGAAUUAAAACAAUGCCAGACUUUUGGUAGUUUUAAUGUGGCUUUAAAGCUGCCUUUGCAACCUUUAUAUUAACCCAUCCCUGCACCCAAUAGAUAAAAAGUUUCAAUACAAAUUAAAGAAAUAAACUCACACAGCAGUAUUUGGAGAUGGGGACAAAUAGAGGACUGGCGGAAGGGGACAAAAAAAUUUAAUUAGGGUUAUUGACAUAAGAAACCAGCUGCCACAACACUGUUUUGCUGAAUGAAAAUGUAUAUAGAUGUAAUAAGCUAUUUUUGUCAGGACAUGGGAUUGUUUCAUGCUAUAAGCAAGGAAAAGUUUGAUUCUUUUGUUUCACAGGAGAGAUCAUCACAUUCCAAGUCACUGGUUACUAUUUUAUUUUUGUUUAAUUGUAAAAAUGUUGGAAUUCCAGUGGUUUCUAUAGUAGUGUUAAUCGUGUGUGUUUAUUCCCCUCCCUGUGGGCUCCCCUUUUCUCCUUGCACCACAAAAUUCAGAGACUGAAAGGUCACUGUAUUUCUAUCACAUGAUAAAAUGGUCCUGUGAAAAUGCCCCGGUAUGGUAAGAUUUCAGUUUAAAUCCUCUGUCACUUCUGAGCACUUUUUACAGUGUGCUAGGCUGUGUUUUCAUAACACAAAAUCCUGUCACUAUUAAGGGGGCAGGGAGAGAAUUCCUCCUUGGUAAUGUUUUCCUCUUUGGACAGGUUCUCUUAUCAGUAUGUGCAGUGAAAACAGAAGUAGCUAGCAGAUAGACAGGAUGGGCAGAGAAUAAAUAAAACCACACUUCCCCUACCACAGACAUCCUUCCUAAAGCUCUAAAUCUUAGCUAUCUAAAAGAACAUUUUAGGGGGAGAUUGUGAUUGAUUCCCUUGUGGGCUGUGGUUAAAGCAGGCAAGGUCCAUGUGCUCCCUACGCCUUCUGGCUAAAAGGACGAUGAAGCUAGCUCUCCCACCUUCUCUGUAGACUUGAUGAUUUGUUUGUUUUUAUUAUGAAAAGUAUAAUAUAAAAGUCUUGUAAUAAAAGUAUUUUACAUUUGAGUGUUGUGAAGUGAGCAGAGUCACUGAAGGGAUUUCAUUGAGGCUGUGGAGCGGGAUGGGAAAUUGACACUUAACACGCGUUUUGUUCUUAUUUGUAAUUGUGAUUUGUCUUACAUUGUUAUCUCUCUUCAGUUCAUUCCUUGUAGGAAAUGGAGCUGCCAUAAUUUGGAAAUUGCCCUGUGAUAAACGUAAGCCUAAGCAUCGCUGCCUUAACUGUUGAAUGAAUAGCUCUUGCCGGUCCAGGGAGCUGAAGGUGUGGCCUGAAGCUCCCACACUUGGAAGAUAGUAGAGGUGGGGUUCAAGGCCACAGUCCUGGGCUGUGGGGAGGGAGAGAAUCUCUGAACAUAGACAUUCAGCCCAUUUUGGAGAAGAAGAGUGCUAAGCUAGCACUCUUUUUGGCUGACUUCUUGGGUCUUACAUAGGCAGUCAUUUCCAUAGGAAGGGAGCAUGUGAUCAUGCAGUCCUUAGCCUGCAUCUUGAAGUGCUUUAGUCCACUUUCAUCACAUGAUCUGUAAAUGGGUCUUGAUCUUGGGUCUGAUAACUCAGUGUAUCCAGUGACCAUUCUUCUAGUAGAACUAGACCUGGAAGCUGUAUUGAAUAAUGAUAUGGCAGGCAAAGCAAGAAGAGAGAGGAACUUUACUGAAAUGUGCUAUCUUUCAGAGAUACAACAUGCCUGAUUUUGUACUGAUUCCCAGGGAGGGGAUCUCAAUCUUUUGAUACUUAUUUUUGGACAAUUAUUUAAAAAGAUGGCUGCCACUUUCACAGAGCUAAUGACAACAGAAGGUUUCUUUACUAAUAUUUUGAAAAAACCAAAAGGACUAAAGCUAGAAUUCUGAUGCUGUCUGCCCCAGCUGCAUCCAGCUCCAGCCAAAAUUAAUGGAACUAACAGCACCACAAGCAUCAACUUAUCUCUCUCUACUUUGUGAGUGAAAGCAGCAAGGCGGACAUUGAUCAUAAGGUCUUUCUUGAAUAGCAUGUAGGGGUUGGUCCAUAAUCAGACUCUACAUUAGACAAGUGCUUAUUGGAAGUAUACUAAUUCUCUUCUAAACUUUUCAAAACACCUGUGCAGACUUAGAUGUUCUUUGAGAAGACCCACUGCAAUCAAUGGAACUUAAGUUACUUAAGAUUAACUCUUCCCAUUGAUUUCAGUGAGACCAGUCUAAGUCUGGAUCCAACCCUUAUUUACCACCCUAUACACCUUGGAAGAUGCAAAUGCCACAUAAAAUCAAACUGGGACUUAAGUUAAUAAUCUCCACCAAAUUUCCUUCCUUUUGAAGUGAAUGUUAAGUCUAGUUUCUGUUGCAGCAGGCCAAAUUCAGUAAACCUGGUGGUGGAGACAGAGUCUCUUAGUACCUCUACUAACUGGUUGGAGGUUAACAUGGCCUGAGUUCAGUUUGUCCCAUUUCUGGAUAUAAAACUGACCCAAGUUCAGAGUUCGACAGUCAAAAAGACAAGGCAGCCUUUUGCUGACUGUGCUGUUUAAGAUUUUGAUCUGUGUUUUCACGGAAUGGCAGCUCUAAAUUUUUAUUAGUUUCGCUGUCUAGAAUUUUAAGGUCAUGGCUGAGACAGUACAGUAUUGCAAUCAAGUUAUUGUAGAAAUCUCUUUAAUUGCUAAGAAGGUAUGUGUCUUUAUACAAACUGUAAUAUAUCUGUGUGUUUGUAGGAAACAAAACAAGAAUAGGCCACGUACCCAACAAAGCUAUUUCUUUGUCUAUGUGGAUUUCCAUUUUGCAUUGCAGAAGGUAGGACUGAGUUGAGGGCUGGCCACACAGGCAAGGGCAGCGGACAGCAAGGUUCCACCUUACUAAUGAAGAUGCCAUCACAGAGGGCUUUUGUUUGUGGCUGUUUUAAUGGGAAGUCAAGUGGAGGGGAAAGAAUGACGGGGAGAGCCCAGCAAAAAUUACAUUUCUUUUGGGAGGCCUCCAAAUCCUUUAGUGCUAUUAGUAAUACUGUGUCUUUUAAAAAAAGAUGCGAAGCACUUUUUAAUCUUUUAUUUCAUUCCCUUCCGCAACACCCUUGCCAUCGUACCCCUUGUAUAGGUUGGCAUGACGAGAGGGACUGGAAACGGAAGCCUGACCCAAGUGUAUCCCUCCAUCCACCACCCAGGCUCUCAGCAUUAUAGCUGCUAUGCUCACCUUUGCACUUGGCGUAUGGGCCCGAGGUGCAAAGUCAACUGGUGCCUUGCCAUUAAUGUUGAGAUGCAAGUCUGUGCUGAUGCAGUUAAGAACUCCUAUACAUUUCUAUGGAAGCUCAUCCUGUGCCGGGUUGCUUGGAAGGUGGUCUCUGGCGUUCACUCCUGGGCAAGUGGGCACAGGACUGCAGCCUUAAGAGGCACGCUUGUGUGCACUGCCUUUGGACGGAGUAAGUCUCACUGAACUUGAUCCGACUUCCAGCUCAACUAGCAGGUGUGGGACUAGGCUGAAAAUCUGUGUUCUUUCUCUCCUGCAUUACCAUCCCUAAGAAUUAGGAGCAUUAGAGUGGAAAGAAGCUUAGUCUGGGAGAAAGAUCCUCCCCAAAAGGAAUGUACUUUUUGCUACGUUUUGUAGCACUGUUUACGGUUCCUCCUUGUUUUGUUAUUUAUAAAUUUUAUAUUCAUUGAAUGUAUAUUGUCUUUUAAGGUAAUAAUGUUCACUUUUUAUAGUGUUCUUUUAUUCUAAAACAAUAAAGUGUUUUAUUUCUAUCACA